CAUCAUCUCACCAUGUUCCGAGCGCGGAUACGGCCUCCGCCCAGAGUGUUUGCAGCAACAUUGGCGGCCUCCGCGGUCGUGCUCGCCACACCUACCGGCGAGCGCGAAAAGCUGCCGAUCUACCCUCAACCUCCCACUACCCUUGAACUCAUCGACGAGCCCUUGCCGCUCGAGAAGGAGAUCGGGAUUGCCCGGAGAGCCGCGACGCAGACGGUGCGUAACAUCCAGGCGCAGGCCCAGGGUGUUGUCUCCAAGUGGAUAGGCAUCGAGAAAGCAGUUGAACACCGCGUCAAGGCGCUCGCGGCCCCGGAUGAAGCCAUGACCCCCGCCCUGCUCUACGUCGGCAUUGCUACCCUCACAGGGUCCAUCCUCACGCGGAACCGCUCGCUCCUUACGCGCUUCGUGAUCCCCCCUGCCUUCCUCGUCGGCUCCAUGAACUACUUCCUCCCCCACACCUCCGCGAACAUCUCCGCAUACGGCGCGUCCCUCGAGGAGACGUACUUCCCAACGCUCGCGGAGAAGCACGCGAUCGCGAACGCGCACUCUGCGAUGACCUGGCAGCGGCUCAAGGACGCUACCGAGUCUGGGCGGGAAAAGCUGGGCGACGGUGUGCUCGCUGCGGUCGAGGCAGCACAGUCGGCGACGGGUUUGAAACUGAAGGAGGCACUCGGCUGGUCCAAGGCUAGGGCCGCGGAAGUCAAGGUGCAGGCUCGUGCUGUCGCGGAAGAUGCUGAGGCCAAGGUCCGGGAGACUGCCGCCGCGGCGGAGGACAAGGUCGAGAAGAAGGCUGAGGAGGUCAAGUCUUCGAGUAGGCGCGUAUAAUGGACGAUCCUUAGACAGUCUCAAUGACACUACCCAUCCGGUCCUCCAUGCGUUCUGCAAGCUACGAUGUGGGUUCGGAGUCUGUCUCUCAAAGCCAGUAAUCGCCGAGUUUCAUCGCAUACGUCUGGACUCACGAAGGUAGAUUCCCUGACCAUUUGACCGUGCUGAAUCCUACUUGCCGUAUUCGCUGCUUUUUAGACCGCAAAUGGACAUUUGUUCUCGUCCCUGAGCCAGGUC